AAAAAACGGCAUAACUUUUGAGAAUCGGAUGUAAACAAAACCUCAGCAGCAGCACGUGAGAGGGGGAUUUCCAUGGAAAAUAGACGCCGUUUGUCCUUAGUGCAAUGAUUACCCGCAGUAUUUUACUAACCCGGCAGGUUUUGCCCCUUGGACAUCAUUUACGGCGUGUCUUACCCGUGAAGACCUUCUGCUCUUCCACGCGCGAUGAGGUUCGCUUGGCAAAGGAGGCCAGCAAGAAAUACGGGAAACCUGAACCCACUAUAUUUUCUAAAAUAGUUGACAAAACUAUCCCUGCAGAUAUCAUUCACGAGGAUGACAAGUGUCUAGCUUUCAGAGAUGUAAAUCCCCAGGCUCCUGUGCACUUCCUGGUUAUUCCAAGGAUUCCCAUUCCCAAGAUCAGCAAAGCACACGAUGAUGAUGCAUCGCUCCUGGGUCAUCUCUUGAUAGUGGCCAAAAACAUAGCAAAGAAAGAAGGACUGGAUGGAGGAUACAGAGUUGUCAUCAAUGAUGGAAAAAAUGGGGCUCCAAAUAACUGUUUACAUCCUUUGCAUACUUUGUUAAGGUUGCUUUGUCUUGAUGUGUAA